AGUAAUCAUGGAGGAGAUUGAAGUGACGAUACAAAGCAUUCUUCCUUCUGAUGAGCCUCAAGGUCGUUUCAGGCUAAGGAUUUCUCCUGAGUCAACUGUAGAGGCUUUACUGAGAGAAAUAUGCAGAGAAGCAAAUUCACCCUUAAAACCUGAAUAUUGUUUACGUAGUAAAGAACAUGAUUUGCUUAGCAGAAAUGAUAUUCUUGUCCAAAUAGGCGUUCAAGAUGGUGCAUUUCUUCACUGGACAAGUGAACGUAAGUCAUUCAUAUUUUUAGCAAAGUUCCUAUUUAUGUUUCCAAUAUCCCAUUGCUGAAGAAUGUUUUUAUGUAUAGAAAAUAUAUUGAGUAUUAAAAUUUCUCAGCUGUAAUAUACUGUAACUUACAGAAUUGAUUUUCUAUAAAGUUAUUAAAAUUUUAAUGUAUUGAUAGCUGAGCUUUGCACUCAAUCAAAAGCUAAGUAUUGGGUUGUAUCUAUUCUUAAAUCAAUUGAUGUUUUUCAGAGCCCAAGUCUAAAAAAAAUAUUUACUUUGUUUUAAAUCAACUUACUAUCAGUUAUAGUAUUUGAAAAAAAUGAAAAGAUUUUGUCUGAUAUUACUACAGUCUGAUACAUACUACAAAGAUGCUAAAUAUAAAGAGAUCAAUGCAGUUAAAUUAAUGAGAAAACUUAAGUUUAUCCCCUUAAAAAGUCAUAGUUAUCCACUAUUAAGGAACAUUUUUAACCCUACUUUCAGACAUAUUUUGCCCAAGACAAUUUAUUUAAUCUAUAAAAAAAAAUAUAUUAUUUUAUUCAUAUUGUUCAUUAAAAUUUACAAAUAAAUAUCUACAAGUAUAAGUACAAUAUAAGAUAAAAUAUUUACUUUUGUUUGCUAUAUUAAUAUAUUUAUAUGGCAAUAUUUAAUUAGCAUUUUGAACCCUUGCGGGGUGGGUAUACGAUUGACCAUCCCAGAAUUCCAGUGAUUGUCAUUUUGAAGCAAGGGCAUGAGUGAGUAAAAAUACUGAAGAGUAUGAAUUGUUGCUCAAAAAGGAUCAAGCCAAUUAAUGACUGUAUAGUGGUCUCAUAGGGGUCGUCCAUUAAUUACGUCAAUAAUUUUAAAGAAAUUGUUGACCCCCCCCCCCUUCCUUUGUCAACAACUGUCAAUCUUUCAAUGGCCCCCCUAUUUAAUUAUGUCAACAUUCUCUCUGUAUUUAUAAUACAUUUUACUUUGUUCUGAUCUAUUUUAAUGACAUAAAAUUGUAGGAAAAACAUUUCAUUAGAUCUUUAUCUUGUUAAUCAACAAGUUAAAAAGUUUUUACGCUUAAAUUAUAUAAUGAAGAAUCAUUUAAAAGGUUUCUAAAGACUAAAUAUCAUUGUUUGUGGUAUAACUAUGAUUAUUGUCAGUAAAGCUGACAAUUAUAGCAUAGUUUCUAGCUGCUAUCAUCUUCCCAAGGAGUAGUCAGGUUUGCUCUAUCGUAACAUGGGCAUCACGGACAUCAUUUAGGUAGGGCAGGGGGGCAUUUGCCCCCAACCCCUAAUUUGCAGCUUUUAUUUAAAUUGCUAUGUUCUGUGGCGCCUCCAGUGAUAAACAACUUAACAAGCCGACCAAGUUUUGGUUUUGCACGCACGCAACCCCCCCCCUCCCCCCCCAUCCCUGAAAAAAACAUAAAAUAAUGCCCCUAUUGGGCAUAGUCUAUAGUAGCUGAUUUAUCUUCUUCAUCUUCCGUCUUGCGGCCCUGAGCCACAUCUAACCAUUCAGAAGCAAUAUUGGUGUGAAUCGCCUUAAGCUCUAUCUCCUUGCAGCUACUCGCAUUUGUCUUUUUUUUUUAAUCUUUCUUUUUUUGUUGAGGAGGAGGUAUUAAUUUCUUACGCUCAAAAGGGUAUUUCGGUGCUGUUAAACAUGCUUUUUCAACAUGACUUUUUUAAAAAAAACAUAUUCGAGGGCCCACGAUCAAUGUAUUGAUCAUUUUGGCUCCUGGUUUGAAUUCAAAGUUAGCCUUCUCUUAGAUGAGUUGCUUUCCAAGGCUAACGAUUUUGCUUUGGCGGGAUAUUGAACUCCAGAACACCACUAUUUGGAGUGAGUCAGUUUAGACCACUCGGCCUUGUGAUGCAAAAUAGAUGUUACAGAUUUUGCAAAUCUGUUCAAGCAGCGAUGUUAUUAUUGUUACUCACUUUACAAUCACCUAAUUCUCAAAAUAUCGUAUUCCUGCUCUAUCAAUAUCAUUUAUCUUGACUGCACGCGACACUUGAACCUUGUCCUUGUUCCAUACUUGCAACAGAAUCUACAGGUGAAGAGAGGCCAACUUUUGACUUCUCUUGCACUAACAAAGUAUGCUAACAUUCUUACCAGCCAUCUGCAGUGCACAGAUGGACACACAUUAAAUAAAUCUUAUACUGUUAAAAGCCUAAAAAUUAUGACUAUUAACACUCAUUUAAACUUAUAAAUUGUUUAAAAUAAUGUCAUAACCAGUCAAUUUUUAAGAAAAAAAUAUUAAUAGAGAAAACAUGAUUGUUGACAUCAACUAAUCUAAACCCUCCUCCCUCCACCUUGUCAACAACUGUCAAUCAUUUAAACCCCCCCCCCCCCUUUAAAAUAAUGUCAAAACCAGCCAAUUUUUAAGAAAAAAAUAUUAAUAGAGAAAACAUGAUUGUUGACAUCAACUAAUCUAAACCCCCCCCCCUCCACCUUGUCAACAACUGUCAAUCAUUUAAACCCCCCCCCCCCCAGCUAAGGCUUGUAACUUUUUCUGGCUAGCCAGAAUUGUGAAUCCUGGCAAAUGGUUAAUUUGUUGCCAGAAUUCUUCUGAUUGUUCUCAAAUAAUUUUUUAACACCAAGUGGGCAUGCACAUGCAACUAUAUUGAAGGUAUCAAGCGACAACAUAGAGUUUUGUUAUAUAGGAUAAAGAUAUAUUUUUGUUCCCAACAGAAAGCAAUCCCUGCAUAAUGUCAUACACUUGCCAAAAAUGUAAUGAGAUUUAUUGAAACAUGAUCUUUUUGGCGAAUUCCGUAGUUCAAGUGAAUUAAGUUAAUUUGAAGUUUUUAUUUUAAAAAUAAUUUAAUGACUUACAAGUCUUUUUUUUUUUUAUUAUUCUUUUUCAGAAGUGGAUGUGAGAACUCCAUGUAGAUGCAACACAUUUUGGUUUUUAGCCUUAGUCAGUUUCAUUAUAGGAACAGUUGGAAUUGUAGCGAUUUGUGUUAUCAAAUUUAAAGAUGCAGACCCUAAUACUGAUGUAAAUAUAUUCAGAGGAGUGAAAUUUAUUUAUUUUAAUUAAUUUUGUUUAAGUUUAAGCAUAUUUUUUAAAAAAGGUAUUUUGAUUCUCGAUAAACAUAAAAAUAGGCUUGCAAAUCGUUUUGAUGUUAAGAAUCGCUUCAUUGAGAAUGUUAAACGGAUGUGUUUAAAGUUAUGAGUAGCUUUGUUGAUGUAAAAAUUUUAAAGACUUAUUCAUUUAAAUUUGUUGCUAACAUUAUCAUGUUGAAAUGAAUUCAUUUACCAACUAAAAAUUACCCACUUAAGCUAUUGAAAAUUAAAUUAUUGUGAUCCCCAUUGAUGUCUCAUUAAUUUCUACAAAUUUUAAAUCAAAUGUUACAAAUUAUUUCAGUAUGCUGUUGUCUUUGACGCUGGGUCUACUCAUACUGCCAUGUUCAUUUACAAGUGGGAAGGCUCAAAGCUAAAUGGAACAGCUGUGGCUGUUCAGCUAGGAGAAAAGUGUACUGCUGAUGGUAUGAAUGGCCAAAAGUCAUCAUAAUUGAAAAUAUGACUUAAGUAUGGUUAAAAAUGUUUGUGUGGUUUCCAAGAAGUAGCAUACUUUGCUUGAGUAAUGUUGUUGAGGAGACCAUUUCUCCCACUAUUAUGUCCCAGAUUUCAAAAAGUUUGUAUUUAAGUCUUUGGGACAAUACUUUUACUAGGAAUGCUUGUUAAAUGUUAAAUUCAGUCCUUAUAGGAUUAGUUUAUGCAAUACACUGCCUUUAAAUUUAACUUAGAAAGACAGCUUUAAGAUGUAGAGGAUUUAUUUUUAAAUUUAGAUACUACAGCUAGUGCUCGACUUACGACCACGAUCGGUUCCGACAGACCAGUCGUAACACAAUUUGGUUGUAAGUUGAGUAGGCUAUGUGUACAGUAAUGUGAAGUGAUGUUAUAAAAAUAUUAAAGUUAAAUUAAUAAAUUUCUUUUAUUUUGUUCAUAAAUCAUAAUUUUUGAUGUUCAUGACCGCCGAUGAUUGCAGACAACGCCGUUCGACUGAUAAUUGAGGCAGAAAUAAAUCUGAAAUCUAAUACAGUAUGGCUAGUGAUUGUGGUCAUAAAGUCGAAUGGUCGUUAAGUUACAUUGGUCGUAAUUCCAGCACUAGCUGUAAUUCCCUCUGCUUAAACCCAGAAAUGCAUUUUUUUUAAAAAUAAAUUGGAUGUGUACUUGGACUUUGAAUUCAAUAUUUUAAAUAUUAAAUUUAUGUUUGAAAACUAAAAGAAGAAGAAAAAAAAAAUAUUCUUUUACACUUACCAAUUUAAGCAUGAACUGUUAAUUAAGAAAGUUAAGAAAGUGCAAGCACUAGCAAUAUCAUGAACUAAACACACACAAUAACUUAUUGCAUCACAAUACAGCACAACAAAUCGUUUAAUGUAUUUCAAAACUAUUCAAUCUACUUUCACUUUGGAAAAGUGUGAAAAAUGAAAUCCCCCUUAUGGCCAGCUGUAAAAUGUGUACAACUAAAUGAGUUUCUGUAUUUUUGUAGGUUCUGGUAUAUCUGAAUUUGCAAAUAAUCCCCAAGAGGCAGGCAAGUCUCUCAUUCAUUGUGUAUCAAGCGCUAAAGCAGCCAUACCCUACGAUAAACAUGCCUUGACUCCUAUUUACUUGGGGGCUACAGCUGGCAUGAGACUCCUCAAGUAUGUAAAACUUUUAAAUGUUUGACCCCAAUGUGUUUUUUUUGUGUAUUUGUUGCAUUUGAAUGAACUUUAACCACUAUUACUUUGUACUAUCAGACUGGAUUUUAAAUUAUUAUAGUAACUUCUAUGUUGUUUGGGUAUACAAAAUAACAGCAUCAGUUCAUGAGAACUGGGUGUACAUUUAUUAAUGAAGGUACCGUAUAAAAUAAAUUUUUGAAGGGUUGACUUAACUAACAAUGAUUCCAGUUGCUAAACAGCUUAACAAUAUUAAGUCACCUUCUUUACAUUUUAUAAAAUGUCAAAAGGUUUGCCUUUGAAUUUCAGUGCUUCGAAUUCAUCAGCUAGCAAUGAAAUACUUAAUUCUGUCCGUGAGGUGCUCAAACAGUCUUCCUUUAAAUUCACCUCACCUGACAGUGCCGUUAGAAUAAUUUCUGGAGCUGAAGAGGGCACAUUUUCCUGGAUUACUAGCAAUUAUGUAACAAAUGCUUUUAAAGUGGUAAGUUAAGAUUUAUUUCACACAGUUAAAAAACCUUUGGUUGCCUCAUGAUUAUCUUUGAAGUAGUAAGCCCGUUUUACAACCUACUUAAAGUUUUCUUUUUCUUAAUGCCUUAAUACUCAUAACUGCACUAACCUGCAUAUAUAAAUAUUUGAAUCAAUAUGAUACUAACCAAAUUCACAAUAUUACAUUGCUGUUAUAUCUUUUCCUGUUUGUUUUUACAUUGUAGUUCCACCCAUUUUCUUUCUGUUCUACUGAUCCUUCUUUUUGUGAGGGACUUGUGCCAACCUUUUUUUCUAGUUUAUCUUUUACUUAUUUAAUAGGUAGGAUAUAUAAAUAAAUAUUUUGUAAAAGUUAGUUUAUAUUCAUGCAAUUUUUUUUGUAUAGAUGAAUACAUUAGCCAAAAUGUCUUGAAUUGGUAUUUUGUCUUUUAAUUAAAUCUUCACUAUACUGUUUUUAUUUAUACAUAUUGUUUGUGUCUUAUUAAUCUACUUAAAACUUUGUCACCAUCCAACUCCUAACAUUUAUAAAUAUUUUCAAACAAGGCUAUUAAAAAUACAAACAUAAAAUUAUUUACUAGACACUUUAAUAGGAUCUUUUUUGGAAUCUCCAAAAGCAUGAAACGUAACCUAUUUAUUUAUUUAGGCAUUUUUUAUAUAGCGCUUACCUUAAAGCUCUAAGCGCUUUACAAUUAUUAAAAACAUGUAAACUAAGUAAAAUAAAAAUGAGACACUAGGAUAGUAACUACUAUACUAUAGAAACAAUUAAAAUGGCUAUAAAACGAGGACACUUUGGCACGUUUUGGCCUAUACUACAGGAUCAACCCGAGACAGAAAAUGAGGCAGGGCAAGGAGGGUGCAUCACAGGUCAUAGGCGGACCUAAACAGAUGGGUUUUAAGGGACUUUUUGAAAGUGGACGAGGUUUCACAAUGACGGAUAUGGAAGGGGAGCUGGUUCCAGAACGUGGGCGCAUAGAAGUAGAAGGAGCGUUCACCGAUGGUCUUAGUUUUGGUUCUUGGGAUUGAGAGGGUUCUAUUGUCAAUGGAAGAGCGUAGUUGUCUUGUGGGGAUGUAAGGAAGCAACAGUUCAGAGAGAUAGACAGGAAAGUGAGGGUCAGUGAACGAGUUGAAGCAUAGAUUGGCAGACUUGUACUUGAUGCGAGAGGAUAUUGGAAGCCAGUGGAGUUGCUGCAUGUGUGGUUGAAUGUGGUCAUGUUUCUUUGAUUUAAAAAUGAGUCUGCAUGCUGAGUUCUGUGCCUUCUGAAGUUUGUCUAUGUGGUGUUGAGGAAUGCCUGCGAGAAGAGUGUUACAGUAGUCAAAUUUUGAAAGAAUGAGUGAAGAGACGAGAGUUUUUGUGGCAUCAAAGGAGAGGAGGUGUCUAAUGGUGCUGAUUUUUCUAAUUUCGUUAUAUGCUGAUCUGCAUAUAUUCGUGACAUGUUUGUCCAUGGAGAGGGUGUCCGUAAGCGUGACUCCAAGGUUUCUGGCAGAGGGAGAGAGUGUGAUGUCAGAGUUGCCAAUAGAUAUAGAAGAAGGAGCGAAUGGAGGGAGAGGUUUGUUUUGAGAGUGGAUGAGAAGGAUUUCCGUUUUAUCAUCAUUUAGCUUCAGUUUGUUGCAAGUCAUCCAACGCUUUACAUCGUCCACGCACUCCUGUAUGCGAAGGAUUGUGGCAUCAAGUUGAUCAGGAAAGCAAGAGUCACUGAUUUGAGUGUCAUCAGCAAAGGAUUGACUGGAAACUGAGUGGUGGCUAAUGAGAGAUGAUAGAGGUUUAGUGUAGAGGAUGAAAAGGACAGGCCCAAGGACCGAUCCUUGAGGAACUCCAAUAGACAGGGCUGAAGGUUUGGAAGAGCGGUUGGAAAUAGAGACUGUUUGAGUUCUGUCAGAAAGAUAUGAUUGAAACCAGUUUAAAGCUGAGCCAGUAAGUCCGAAAGAAAGAUGAAGGCGGUCAAGAAGAAUCUGGUGGUCAAUGGUAUCAAAUGCAGCAGAGAGAUCUAACAGAGUGAGAAUAGAGAGUUUGCCAUCGUCCAUCGCGCGCAGGAGGUCGCUCAUGACUCGGACCAGUGCUGUUUCAGUGCUAUGACCAAGUCGGUAGGCGGACUGGGAGGAAGGAUAGAGAUGGCAAAAAUAAGAAGUGGGCACAACUUUUUAAAGGCUAUUUAAACCUUUUUAUAACUGGGAAGUCUGUUUUCUAUAUUUUCAGCAGCGUCCAGGAGUACAGGGUCUCAUUGCACCAACUAUUGUCCCCAGCAUAGGUGCCUUGGACUUGGGCGGAGCCUCAACCCAGAUUUCAUUCGUUUCAAAUGUAACAAUGCCUGUUGGAUAUGCGGCAGUUCUUCAACUUUUUGGACAUAACUACACAGUGUACACACACAGCUACUUAUGUUAUGGUGUUAUGGAGAUCACCAACAGGAUAAUGGCUGUUUUGAUCAAGGUAAACCCAAAUUUUAGGCUGGCUUGUCAAAAUAAACAGUAGACUAAGUUUUUUAGCAAAAUAAGUUAGUUGCUAGUUAUACAUUAUAUGUCAAAAGUGACAAACAAAUGUACAGAAGAGUCAUUGGCUAGGUAAACGAAAUAUUUUUAAUAAAUAUUAUUUUUACAUUUAAAAUUUUAGGAAAGCAGCUCAAAUAAAACAGAAAUGAAUCAUCCCUGUUUACCAGAGGGAUACAAUAUAACAGUAUCGUACAAAGAAUUAUUUGGCUCACCCUGUGUGACAGGAGCAGCCUAUCUUAAUGCAUUUGGUUCCAAAAUCUCCCUUAAUGAUGUUGCUGACCAGGUUGGUUUUCCUGUAUUGGUUAGUUGGUUAGUUUAUUGCUUUUGCCAGAGUUAACCAUAUUCUAUUUAUUGGUUUAAGUCAUAUUCUGUCUCUCUCUCCCUACACUACCCUUCACCCCCCCCCCCAUAUAGUUAUCGAUUUUAACAAACAUGUACAUCAGUCUUUAUUUUCAUACCAAAUACUGAACUAGUAAUAGUAACCUUUAAAAUGCUUUUUGUGUGUGUGUGUUGACUUUUGCUAAAUGAAUUAUCACAAUGUAGUUUUCUCUCAACAGAACUACACAUUUUUGGGGACAAGCAAUGGAUCAGCAUGUGAAAGUCUGCUCAGUUCUUCUCUAUUCAACACUAGCUCUUGCCCUUAUUCAAGAUGUUCCUUUAAUGGAAUAUACCAACCAGAGCCGGCAGGGGCUUUUUAUGUAAAUAUCUAAAAGUUUCAUUACUUUUAUGUAUUUCUUCAAUGCCUAUUUUUAAGAGAUAAAAUACUUCUUAAAAAAUGUGGGUAGAAAAAGUAAUGAAGCAUCUCAGUUCAAUUUCUACCAUGGCAUUGUUACAAAGUUUUUCAUUGGCAAAAUCUUGGUUUUUAAGUUGUCAAAUUUUGUAUUUGAAGAAAAAGAAUAAUUGCUUAUUGAUAUAUUAAAUCCACAUUUGUUUUUUUUAAGUGAGCCUCACAUUUUUUUUAAGUUUUUAAAAAAAAUCUUUUAAAGCAUAAACUCUUUCCUCUCUUUACAGGCUUUCUCUAGUUUUUUUUAUGUUACGAAUUUCCUGAAUCUUUCUACCAGCACCACAAGCUCCUUUAAGCAUAAUGAUCUUGUCAGUGCUAUAAAGAAAAUCUGUAAUUCAUCAUGGGUUGAGGUUUGUAAGCCAAUGCAUGUAGUUGUAAUUUAUCCAUGCCUCAAGAAAUAGAAAUCUAUUUUUUCUUCUUACAAAUCUUUAAAACCUAAAUUAUGUUAUACAUGUUUAAUUUAAAAGUCAAAAUUGUCAUGUUGUUAGCACAAUUCUUAUGACAUGUCACAGAAGUUUAAUUAUUAUUUUUUGUUUUAAUUUUAAGUCUUAUGUGAAACUCUGAACAGAGUGUAGCUAAAUUAACUGGUUGUACCUAAAAGAACUGUAUUCUAAUAAAAUAUUUUGUUUUUCUCAGCUCUUAGAACUGCCAGUAACAAAGCAAGAAAAAGCCAAUUUGAUGUGGUACUGUCUUCAGUCAACCUAUAUUGACUUGUUAUUAUAUGAAGGCUAUAAUUUUUCUGAUACGAUGUGGACAGCGAUAAAUUUUGUUGAAAAGGUAACAUAAUGUACUAAUUGGUGAAUAUAGCUUAAUUCUGAUGCAAUGUGAGAUAAAUCAAGACAGCAUCUCUUUAGAGCAUGUUUUAAUUACCGUAUUUAUCGGCGUAUAGCACGCACUUUUUCUCCCUGAAAAUAGGGGGCAAAUGAUGGGUGGUGUUAUACUCAGAUAUAAUGUUAAGGACCCAUAGCAUACCGCAUAGCGGCUUGAAUGGUGCGUGUUAUAUAAAUACCGUAAGUACCCUGACAGGUUAAAACUAAUUUCAUCAAUAAAUUUUGAACUGGUGACACAAAUUUUUUUAAUUUAAUUUUUCAACUCAAAGAUUGUAAUAGCAAAUAUGAUUUUAUUUUAGUUUUUUUAUUCUUUUCAGAUUUCUGCCACAGAGGUUGGUUGGACAUUGGGAUUUGUCCUCAAUGAAAGUGGAAAUUAUCCAGAAAACUACCCAGAAGUUGCAAUUUAUACAAUAACUUUUUCCCUUCUCAUGGUACUCUUCUGUUUGUUCAUUGUGGUUAGCAUUGGACUGGCUGCACAGGGGAAGAGAAUACAGGGAUCAAAGGAUGUCAGAUAUAGGAGGAUGAGCACUUAUGGUGCCAUAUAAGUUUACUUCAAUUUAAGGUUAAUAUGAUCGACUCCAAAUUUUUACUUUUAAACUAAUUCAGGGGUAAAACCUAUUUGUGUCAUAUUUGACGCUAAUGUGUAGGAUAUGGAUUUUGUAACCAUACAGUUCAUCUAAAUUAUUUCUGGAUUGUAGAUAUACCCAAUGUGAUGAGAAAACUUAACAUGCUGGGUACUCUUCAAAAGAUUUUGCAAACUUGAAACCCAGUUGGGUUCAUAAUAUUUCAUUGAAGAAAAAUCUUAAGGGUUACUGGAAAUCAGUAAAGGUAAAAAUUACAAAUGCUUGUUUUUCAAAUCUAUACAAAUUUUUAUUUUAGCACAUUUGGUUAAAAUUGUUUCAAACUAUUUCUUUCAUCUGAUCAUUAUCACCAAUUUUCCUUCCUUGUGAAUUUUGUCCUUUUUAUUGACUAUUGGUUGUUAUUCUUUUAAAUCGCUUUUUAUAGUAGAAUUGAAUUUCUCGAAUGUGCCAGUUGUCAUACAUGAAAUGAAUGGUUAUAUUUUAAAAUAUAUAAUUCGAUCAUAUUAUUACCUAGUUUCAUCCUUUUUUUAAUAGAAUAAAUAAAUUUACAUGCUUUUAAUCAUAUUUUUGAAGACUUUCAUUAGAAAUUCUUACAUUUGUUACAAUUGUUGGCUAGACCUUUUUACAAAAUUUACCUUUUUACAAAAAAUACAUCAGCUUCCUUAAAGUAUUUCUUUCUUUUAAGUGAAAAUUUUAAAAAUUACCAAAUUUUAAUUUGAGUUUCUCCCCGAUAAAAAUAAAUUAUGAAGUGCUAAAUUUUUAUUUUAGGUCACUUCAUUCUGAUACUUUUAAUGAAAUGCUGCUUUUAAUUAAAAAGUAAGAUAGGACUCACCCAAAUGAGUGGGUUUUUAAUCACGCUUUACUUUGCUUUUUAUAGUUCAAUGCAAAAAGAUUUGAUUUUCAAAGAAAUAAACAUGUUGGACUUAUGUGGUUUUUAAAAAUAAUUUCAAUAUGCAUUUUAAGAAAUUAAUUUAUUGAAACUGAUAAUUUUUUUAUAUCCUGUUUGAAUGAGUGCAAGGCGAACUGAUUGAAAUUAAAAUGGUGCAUUUCAUCACUAGUCAUACCUUAUCUGUAUCUUUUAUAUUGUGAUUUAACAUCUGAGUAUUAGUGUUGGCUAGAAUUGUCAAGUAAUGUUUAAUGUUAUUUAAAUUUGCAAUUCAUAUAAUAUAAUUGAAGAAACUUAGAAGUGACAUUGGUGUUCUUAAGAGCUACAACUUAAUUGUUGAAAAUUGAAAGGUGAUUGUUUUGCAAUUAUUUUUUUUUUUUUAAGUUUUCAAAUUUCAUUCCAAGUUAUAUUUGAAUGCUUGUUUUAUGUGGUUAUACCAAACAGGGGUGGGCAGCCCCCCCCCCCCCCUUAAAUUCUGUUUUAAACCCCCAUUUUUUUUUUUUUUUAAGUUUUUAAAUUUUAUUUCAAGUUAUUUUUUAAUGCUUUUUUUAUGUUGUUAUAUCAAAAAGGGGUGGGCAGCCCCCCCCCCCCCCAUUAAAUUCUGGUAUAAACCCACAUUUGCAAUUGAUGAAUGUAUUGUAUGGUAUAUAUAAUUAUGUAUAGUGCUUUUUUGUGAUGUGUUGUUACAGGUCAGUAUGAGUAUGGCAUACCUGCCCUUUCUUAGGAGUAAUUUUUUCAAAUAAAUUCAAAUUAGUAUUCUCUAAUAUAUAAAAAUUAUAUAACAAUAUUGUUUACUAAAUGCUAAAAUAAAGCAUAUCAUAAGCUCAGUAAGUUAAGUAAGGGAAACUAAAGUUCCACUGACAUUUCUUUUGUUGCUCUCAGAUUCUGUGUAGAAUGAUGCAAAACUAAAUCAAGUAUUCACCAAAAUGCAACCCUGUAUUUUGAAUUUUUCUGGACCCCUCCCUCAUUCUCUCAGGAAUCUUGACUUCUGCUCCUUUUUUUUUUUUAUCUACAAUAAAACCGAGUGUGCAUGUAUAAAUAUAUAUGUAAAUAUAUAUACACACACCAAAGAAUUAUACCUCAAAAUAUUCUGUACAAGUUGUGUGUGGCGGCACAUAUGAUGUAGAUGUUAUUUGAAAAUGAUUUGCAUUAGGUAUAAAUAAAAAAUUAUUUAUACUGGUA